CUACCUUGCUAAUGCACAUGACCACAUCAAUGUGUCCUUGAAAACUCCAGCUCAACUUUCAUGAUUUGUCUUGUACUGCGGUUAUUUCAUAUUAAACUAAGUAACUAUGAAUGAUACAUAUGGUCAAUUACCCUGUAAGAUAAAAAAUUUAAAUAAUUGAAAUCAUCUAGAAAUUGAUAUUCAGAAAUUGUGUUCUUUUAAACUCACUUAUUUGUCCAAUUAUGUCAUAUUAUCAAGAGAUAUAGGAUUUAAUAGUUAAUCAAACUAAAACUUUACUGGUCACUUACAGUUUGCAUAACAUUAUCGUUGCUUUAAUAGUUCUAAAAAUUGAUACCAAGUUAAGAAUUCUACGUCACAUCUGCACAUUCAAUAUCCCUGUCUCACCAUUUUUUUAUGAAAAGUAAUUAGGCCCCUAUGGACUGUGAUACAAAAGCUUAUAGACUCCAGAAAAGAUCUAAUCCAACAGAUGAAUUGCAUAGGAAAGUUCAUUGUUUCUUUAACACUAAAGACGGAAACCCUAGUCAUCAGAGUCGACGACCUUCAUGAGUUCAAUCUUCACAUCACUUCUAGAAGUAAUUCCUUUCCGAUGAUUGUUCCGAACCCUGUUGGAAGAGGAGGCAUCAUUUGGGAGGGAAAGGGUCCAGACCCUGCGAGUGAACGAACACGUGCAAAAUACAUGCUUAGGUGUUUCCAGCUCAAGCUAACAACAAGGGCACAUUGUUUGCACAGUAAGGUGGUGCUGACAAAGCUCGUCGUUGGUGAGCAGCAAAAUGUGUGCCGACAGCUAAAGGAAGUGACGAACUCGACUCAGACCAUCAUGCCAUUUCCAUAUGGGUUGAGUUUCCUCUCCGUCAAUCUCAACGACAAGCUAGCUAGUUGGCUAACUUCAAUGUGAACCACCCCAAACCAUCUCAAGUCUCAUGCUUCAGUUCCAAAACCUUUUUCGUCGCGACGUGGUGGUCAACUCUCCCACGUGUACAAAUGAGGGUAAUUUUUUGUCAAUUGAUGGGCUCAUAGAGGUUUCUCUGUCUCAUUUGAGGUGCAUUCUAUAUCUUUCGCAACCCCUAAUGUUCGUUACUGGACUAUGUAUGAUAUACUGGAAUGACUAUUCAUGGUCGUUUUAAUGUUAUAAGAUAGUGGCGCCCUAUAUCCUUUUCCGAUAAAAAAAAAGAGAUAACUGGUGUGAUCCUAACGAAUAGAAAAAGAUUGCAAUCAGUUUGAUAAUGAUCGAGUGAAAUUGCUUAUUCGGGUUGAGGAGUCUCAGAAAAAAAGGAUAGGUGUUUUUCAGUUUUAAGUAGUAAUCCACUAUAACCAAGAUUCGUUCUUCGCAUUUGCAGUCGGGCUGGACCGAGUCAAAUGCAUAAGCCCAACAAUAGAUCGGAUCCCGCCGUAGAUCAAUCCACUACACCUAGAUUCUUUCAAAGCAUUGCCUGUCAGUUGUAAAAAAAACUAGCCGUUACAGAGAGCGUCAAUCCUAAAAACAAAUAAACGGCCGCUCUCAACGUUCAAUUUCCCCACUUCUUCAUCUCUUCUACCACUCUUUACUUCCGCUCCCCCAACCAUUUUCUCGCUCAUCUAAUCAUCUCCCACCCUAAACCCUAAUUUUCUCGGAGAGCAAAGAGAUCGGAAUUUUCUCCGUCUCUGGAACAUUCCCGGCAGUCCCAUGGAUUCGAGCAUCAAGAAGAAUCGGAAACCAUCCACUCCGGCGAAGGAAUCGCGAUCGCCCCAUGGAUUGCAGUCCAAACUUCAAGACACCGCCAAGGUCUCGGAGAACACAGAUCCGAACGUCUCCCGCUCUAGUCCCUCGCUGGAUUCCUCCUCUCCUCUUGUCAAAUCUGGCAAGUCCCACAAAUCGGGGCAGAAAAACCCCAAUUCUACUCAAACCCUAGCUCUGUACUCGCCGAGGAACAAGCUCCGGGAGCGGAAGUUCGUCGUCGCGAAGAAGAAAUCGAGAAAGGAAAAGCAGAUCUCUGCCGAUUCCAGCGUGAUUGCGAACGUGAACUGCAAGUGCAAGGAGAGGCAGGGAGGGAUCGGGAACAAGUGUCUCUGUGUGGCGUACGAGAGUUUGCGAGCUUCACAGGAGGAGUUCUUCAAGUCCAGAAACGAUGGAGAGGAAUUGGAUCAAGGAAAUCGUGAAGAUGAGCUUGAUGUGGACGAGGAGGAUCCGAUGAUGGAGAACGGAAAUUCCAUUGAUGGUGGAAGUUCUGGCGUGGGUGAUGCGCAGCAGGGAAGCUCGACGGUUAAGAGAAGGAGAGAGAGGUUCCUCGAAGAGGCGAGGAAGAGUGCUCCUGAGAACGGGAAAGUGAUGCAUUUGGUCAAGGCUUUUGAGAAGCUUUUGACCGUACCGAAAGCAUCCAAGGAGGAUUGUGAUUUGGAGGUGGAGGAGGAAAAGAAGAAGGUAACCCAAUGGGCAUUGCCUGGUAUGCAGCCGCCUCCCAAACAAGAUGGUGAGGCCCAGGAAUCUUCGUCUUCGUUAUGUGCAUCUGAUCUGUUCUUGACUUCCGAGAAUUUGGGUCUUGAUUCGAGGCUUUCAAUCUCUUCUUCAUGGGACGGCAGUCAGUGCAGUCUCAACAGUAGGACAUCAAAUGGGGGACGGAGGAGCAGACGGAAUAGCUCUGAAUCGGGUGCAACUAUGGGAGGCAAUAGAUGGAAGAAAAAGCAGCCAAAAGUCACUAAUCUAAAGCCUUUUAAGCUGAGGACAGAGCAAAGGGGGAAAAUGAAGGAAGAGGAAUUCAUGAAGAAGAUUCAUGAAAUGAUGACUGAGGAGGAGAGGCAGCGGAUACCAAUUGCACAAGGUCUUCCAUGGACAACAGAUGAGCCCGAGCACCUUAUUAAACCUCCUGUGAAAGAGACCACAAUGCCAGUUGAUCUGACGCUUCACAGCGACGUACGUGCAAUGGAACGUGCUGAAUUUGACCACCAGGUAUCGGAGAAGCUAACUCUCAUUGAGGAAUACAAGAUGGAAAGAGAGCGGCAGCAAAAGUUAGCAGAGGAGGAAGAAAUACGAAGAUUACGAAAGGAGCUCGUUCCAAAAGCACAGCACAUGCCUUACUUUGACAGACCCUUCAUUCCCAGAAGGUCAACGAAGCAUCCAACAGUCCCCAAAGAACCAAAGUUUCACUUACCUCAGCAUAAGAAGAUCAAGUGCAGCAGCUCAUCUUGGAAUGACAUGAGCACUUUCACUUUCCAGCAAUGAAGCAGAGACACAUGCCUCAGCAUAAAGAACAUCAAGUGCGUGUGACGAGCAUAAUGGAGUGAAUAUUGGUGGCUUUGAGAGCUCGCGCUCUCUUGCCAACAAUGAAGCAGUGACCCCUCAGCCGCAGUACACCAUUUGUGAAGAUGACGAACAGAAGGAAACUGGCUUGAAUAAAUAAUGACGAGUCGUUUAGCUUGUCCUUUGUAUUCUUUUAUCAUAUUCCAUUCCCCAAAGCGGGAGAAAAUUGGUUCUCUAAUUGUUUGUCAUGUGUAUACGAAGCAACUAAUUUGGUUGCGAAUUUUGUUGACGCUUUAGUUCGUUUCUCGAAGCUGAUAUUUCAUAUUUGGCAGUGAAAUACUGAGAUUUUGAAUGUUGGGGUAAAGACUGGGUGCUGUUUCGGGUAAUACAUUGAAUAUAUCUGCUUGUCAAAUAAACAUAGAGCUGGGUUUGGAAUUUGGAUUAAGGAUUCAGUUCCCCUGUUUGGUUGUUGCACGUUUCGGUUAUAAUAAAAUUAAGGCAAAAUACACUUCCAUAUCCAUAAUUUUCACGUUUGUGACAAAUAUAGCCAGAAUUUUGAAUGUUGUAUGACAAAUCUAGUCAUUUUCGUUAGAAAUUGUAAAGGUGUUAGAAACGCCGUCAGUAACACUAACGAGAUGCUGAUGUGACUGCCACCUCACCUCCAUGUCAGCUCCACGUGGAUUUAGAAAUUAAAAAAUAUAGAAAAAAAUCAAUGGCUUUUGACCUUUUGUUCUCCACCUCAUGCUGAUGUGGUUGCCACCUCACCUCUUCGCUUCCUCCUCCACCAGACCACCACGCCUUAUCUUUCUCCUCCUCCCUCUCCACCUUCAACCACCUCUCAACUAGCAAUAAUUAUUUCCCUGUCCCCAGCAUCUCUACCCAGCAACACUUUCCAUCUCCAACCUCCCUAAUCCUCUCCAUCCCUAAAAUCACAAAAAUCGUCGUCGUACUACCAAAAAAAAAGAACGCCUCCAUAGGUAAAGCUAAAGGAGGGAAGGGCACCCACCAGACAGCUACUCCCGUUCUCCGAUUAUAUGCGCAGAAGAGAUGAGGUAUGGACUGAGAGGUCGAUUGCUUCUGGGUCGUGCACCAUGGAGAAAUCUUGGCUUUUCUCACCAUCUCCUCUGUCUCGAACUCAACGGUCAAGGAAGAAAGGUCGAUCUCGAGAUUUAGGGAUUUCUGGGCUUGGGAUUUCUAGUGUUCUGUCCACAUGCAACACCAACAACUGUUAGAUUCGGUGUCGAGAAAGCGGUCGAGGGAUUGUGGGAACGGAAACGGAAACCCUCUGUUCUCGACGUAAGUUAUCCUUCAUACCAGUCAACCGUUCUCCAGUAGUGGGUUUCAAUCAGGGGAGACGUUCCACCUUUGGUGGUAGGCGAUGCAGGAAGAGGGUGAAGGAUGAGUUUUUGUGUUAGUGAAUUUUACAGAUCUGGGGACGAGAAUGGUCUGCCGAGUCGAAGAAAGUGGAUUUUCGCGGAGGUGUGGUGGUUGUAGGAGACGGUAGUUUGAAAUUUUCGAGCUCUUUUGAAAGCUUCAAAACAAGAACAAUGAAAAGAAAUGAGAAAGUGAAAUUUUUAUUUGUUAGAGGAAAGAUUGAUUUGUUAUUGAUUUUGGAAACCUUCAAAACCGGCGAGAAGCUUAGUCGCCGCCGCGAUGGUAGGGACAAUAAAUUGCCAAGUCAGCA